AUGGGACUCUUCACCCACAGUGAAACCAGAAACGAGCAAAUAAGAGAUGCUGACGAUGACAAGUUUAUUAACGUUACAGAAAGUACACCAAAAGAAUGCAAGGAUGCCAUAGAAAACUGCACGGAUUUCGGUUACGAGACAUGUGAAGAUUACAAAAAUUGGUCGAACGAAUACUGUUCCAAAUACUGCGGCAUUUGCAAUGGACAAGGCGUCCCAACAACCACGCCAGUAAUGACACCUGCACCACGUGUCGAAUCGAACUGUUCGGAUCGUAUACCCGACUGUAUAGUGUAUGACAGUUGCAGUGGUCCAUUCGAGUCUUGGGCCCGCUAUCGGUGUCAGAAAUAUUGUAAAUUCUGCGUGCUUCCCGAGCCGGAAGUGUGUGAAGACGACGACCCUAACUGUGACAGGCUGGAUAGCGACCUCUGCUGGGCGCCCCGACUCCGGAUCUUCCGACACAAACACUGCAGACGAUUCUGUGGGCUCUGUCCAGGGCAAACACCCAAGAAACCGCCACGAGAAUGCAAGGAUUACACAGACCGGUGUGCACACUUUGGACGUGACGUCUGCGUGAAACAUUCAGCUUGGGCUAACCACUGGUGUUCCGGUUACUGCGGUCGAUGUGUUACAACGACUGAACCGACAACUCAAAUUGCAUGUGUUGAUCGUAGUUCAGCCUGUCAAGGGUACACAGACAAGAAAACACAGUGCUGUGGCGAGUUCUACGCCUGGGCGAGAUGGAACUGCCCUGUAUGGUGCGGAUUUUGUACACCAGCCGUUACCACACCAAGGAUUUGUUUUGAUCGAAACCCGCUUUGUGCUUCAAUGAACUCUGAUCUCUGCACUAAUAUCAAGUUUUACAACUACGUGAGAGAAAACUGUGCUGGCUUCUGUAAAGUGUGCGAGCAACCCUUUGAGCCGACAUGUGGUACGACAACUUCGCAGAUGACUACCAUGACAACGACACUUAAAAUUCUGACGGGGAAAACAGAAAUGCAGUCAGGAACAGCUAAAUUACCAUCUGCUAACACUGGAGUACCAACAACUGGGAAAACUGGAGUACCAACAGGGAAAUCUCGUGUACCACCAACUGGGAAGAUAGGUAGCUCGUAUGUUCCAACUAUUGGAUUAACAGGAGUAGCAACAGGAAACUCGCAUGUACCAACAGUAGGUGUAACUGGAGUACCAAUGACUGGCAAAACUGGAGAAACUCAAGUACCAACUGGUAAAUCAGAAGUACCAAACGGAAAAACAGAAGUGCCCACUGGACAAAGUAAUAUACCAACAGGAAAAACUGAAAUAUCAAAUGGAACGACUGAGGUACCAAGUGGAACAAUGGAUAUAUCGAAAGGAACGAUGAAGAUACCAAAUGGAACAGUGAUUGGACCGACUGAAGCAAUGGGAGUAUCAACUGAAACAAUGGAGGUUAUGACUGGAACAAAUGAGGUACCAACUGGAACACAUGAACAAUCGGCGACAAAAAGUUAUAGUAUGGAAUCCUACUCUUCUACACCCAGUAAUCCUACUAAAAAAGAAUGCGUUCAAGGGGGUAUGGGCUACGAAGAGGGCCAAGCAUGGACUACUCCGGAAUGUGACAAGUCCUGUAAAUGUAUUCAUGCAUCGUCCAACAUCAUCAAAUGUCAGCCACUAAAGUGUCCAGAAGAACAGAAAGACUGCGUUCUGGUCUCAAUUCCAGGACAAUGCUGUCCACGGCUAGAAUGUGCAUUCCACCACCCUGUGCACAAAGGCAAAUAACCGGCUGCUGCUAGAUCUCUCGCAGUGUCCGUAAACAAACUUACAAGUUAUAAUAAAACUGGUUAAAUUAA